AUGAUACAGACAGGGAGAGUUUUCCUGGGUUUGCACGAGUUAAGGACAGUCCGUUUCUACAAGGGUUUAAUGUGUGAGUUUUUGGGCGGUUGUAUUUUAAUUGUGUGUGGUUGCGGUGCCUCACUUACUAUGGAAGCUGGGAAACCACCGAGCACUGUGACCCGGGCGUUUGUUGCUGGCAUGACAAUAGCCAAUAUUGUGUGGACAUUGAACCAUGUCAGCGGCUCUCAUAACAAUCCGGUGAUAACUUUUGCUUUCAUGAUUUCAGGAAUAGUGUCUGUAACUAAGACAAUAGGAUAUAUCAUAGCUCAGUGUCUGGGAACUAUGACCGGUGCCGCUGUUGUCUGGUUCUUGGUGCCACCUUCAUGGAGGGGAAACCUUGGCAGUACUGUCUUUCAUGAAGAUGUAACACUUGUCCAGGGAUUUUUCAUCGAGUUCAUCAGCACAUUCAUCCUAAUGAUGGGCGUGUUCGCAACCGCAGACAGAUACCGGACUGACCACUCGGGCUCGCUGCCGCUGACCAUCGGCUUGAUAAUAUUCAUGAGCAACGCUUGGGCUGGCAAGCUGACCGGAUGUAGCAUGAACCCCGCUAGGUCUUUUGGGCCAGCUGUCGUUUCGGGAUCAUGGAAUCAUCAUUGGGUUUACUGGGUGGCCCCAUUUGCUGGGUCCACAUUUGGAUCACAGCUGUACCGCUAUGCUCUGGCAGAGUCGCCCCAGGAGGCCGACACCAGCAUCCACGUCAAUCGUAGAGACCCCCACCACAAAAAGCCCUCCUACUUGAGAAAGUUCACAGACAAGACCAUUGUCAUCGAAGCAACUCCAACACAGCUCUGA